UCGACACGAUUGUUAUAAAAUCAGCUGUCCUGCUUGUUAAUCGGCACCACUUGUCUCUGUUUGUUACAACUAACAUCCUUUUCGACAUCUCUGUCCAGCUCGCCCAGAAUCAUGCCUACCGUUCCCGCAGGAAGCAAAGUCCUCGUAACCGGAGCCAACGGCUUCGUAGCUGCCUGGGUCAUACGUACGCUCCUUGAGAAAGGGUACAAAGUUCGGGGAACAAUCAGAUCUGAAGGGAAAGGCGUACAUCUAAAGAAAAUUUUCGCCGACCAUGGGGACAAAUUUGAGUUGAUAAUUGUUGAAGAUAUCACCAAAGAUGGAGCAUUCGAUGAAGCAAUCAAAGGUGUAGAUGCAAUCGCACAUACUGCAUCACCUUUCCAGCUCGCGGCAGACGAUCCACAAGAGCUAAUCACUCCAGCCGUAAACGGAACCGUCAGCAUACUCAAAAGCGCACUUACCGCGUCAACUCUCAAGCGAUUCAUAUUAUUGUCAUCUACCGCUGCCGUCAUCUCUCUUCUACCUGACCCCAAGCCAUUCACGGAAUCAGACUGGAACGAACAGUCAAUUGAAGACGUCAAAGUGAAUGGGAAGAAUGCAAACCAGGUUAACAAGUAUUGCGCGAGUAAGACUUUGGCAGAGAAGGGUCUUUCAUUAGCUGCUUGGGAGCUCUACAACGCUAAUAAGGCGAAACUUUCCUGGGAUCUCGUCGUGUUGAACCCACCAUAUAUCUUCGGCCCAAUCAUACACGAAGUCUCAUCUCCCGCAGCCCUUAACACAUCCUCAGGCGACUGGUACAACUCGGUUGUCCGCCCCGACAUGGGAGGCAAGCCCCUCGACCAAAUCGCUUUGGUCGGCAAUGCGUGGAUCGACAUCCGGGAUGUAGCUCUUGCCCAUGUCCUCGCUCUCCAGAAGGAAAAAGCCGGGGGUGAACGAUUAAUCAUCCUCGAAGGAGAUUUCUCAUACCAAGAUUUCAUCGACGCAGCCAAUUCCCUUUCACCUUCCCCCAUUCCUUCUCACACGGACAUGCCAAAAGGAAACCCUGGGGCGGGGAAGAUUUUGAAGCCGAUCUUUCCUUAUGAUGCAAGCAAGGCUCCGAAGCUCCUUGGUCCGGAAUUGGUGUAUCACACGAAAGAGGAGACGACGAGGGAAACCUUGGCGGAUUUCGAGCGACGAGGCUGGUGAGGAGAUGGUGCGAGCUUCAACCAAUAGAAAUUGAGUUCAAGAGCGUUGCUGCCAGUCCCGUAUACCCGUCGAUUGUACAUCCGUCCGUGUGAAUACAAAAAUUCUAUUAGUUAAAAUAAGCUUUUUUGACUUUCUAGUUCGAGAAAUCAACAGACUUUAGAGGAAAGUUAAUAACAUACAUAAU